AUGGGAGUUCCAGCCAGAACAGCAGCAACAGCAACUUUCGGCGGGGGAGGAGCGGAUAUGCUGAGCGAAAGAGCAACAAAGAUGAGGGAGGCACUGCAGAAGAGCGAAUCAAUCACUGAUAAAAUGGUAUCCAUUUUGGGCUCCUUUGACCACCGACUCUCUGCACUUGAAACCGCCAUGCGCCCCACCCAAAUCAGAACACAUGCUAUUCGGAAAGCUCAUGAGAACAUCGAUAAAACGUUGAAGGCCGCAGAAGUCAUACUGUCUCAAUUUGAUAUUUCAGUUCAGGCUGAAGCUAAAAUACUUAAAGGACCACAUGAGGACCUAGAAAGCUAUCUUCAAGCAAUUGAGCAACUAAGAAACAACAUUCGAUUUUUUAGUGACAACAAAAGCUUUAGAAGUAGUGAUGGAGUGCUCAACCAUACAAAUAAUUUACUAGCCAAGGCUAUUUCCAAGCUGGAAGAAGAAUUUAAUCAGAUUUUGUCAUCAUACAGCAAACCUGUUGAGCCUGAACGACUUUUUGAGUGCCUUCCCAAUUCUAUGCGUCCAUCAUCUGGAUCACCGGGAGAUCAGGCCGAUUCCAGUGGCAAGAUACCAUCGUCCCACAGUCACUCUGAUCAUCAAAAUAGUGAAGAAAAUUCUGCAUACACAACACCAACUCUUAUUCCACCCCGGAUACUGCCUUUGUUGCAUGAUUUAGCACUACAGAUGGUUGAGGCUGGUAAUCAGCAGCAGUUACUCAUAAUAUACAGGGAAGCUCGUUCUCCAGUUUUAGAAGAAAGCCUUCGCAAAUUGGGAGUAGAAAAGCUUAGCAAAGAUGAUGUUCAAAAGAUGCAAUGGGAAGUUUUGGAAGCUAAGAUCGGGAAUUGGAUCCAUUUUAUGCGGAUUGCUGUCAAGUUGCUGUUUGCUGGAGAACGCAAAGUUUGUGAUCAAAUUUUUGAAGGCUUCGAUCCCCUCAUGGAUCAAUGCUUUGCUGAAGUUACCGCAGGGAGUGUGGCAGUGCUACUCAGUUUUGGAGAUGCAAUUGCCAAAAGCAAAAGAUCCCCUGAAAAGUUAUUUGUGCUUCUCGAUAUGUAUGAAAUAAUGAGAGAAAUUCACUCGGAGAUUGAAUCACUUUUUAGAGGUCAACCUUGUAAUGAAAUCAGAUUGUCAGCCUUGGGUUUGACAAAGAGGCUUGCACAGACAGCGCAAGAGACUUUUGGAGACUUCGAAGAAGCAGUUGAAAAAGAUGCGACUAAAACUGCCGUUGCAGAUGGAACAGUUCAUCCUUUGACAAGCUAUGUGAUUAACUACGUGAAAUUCCUGUUUGACUAUCAAUCAACAUUGAAGCAACUUUUCCGUGAAUUCGAAAAUGGAGAUGACUCAAAUUCUCAGCUAGCUGCCGUUACAAUGCGUAUAAUGCAGGCUCUUCAGACCAAUUUGGAUGGAAAAUCUAAGCAAUAUAAGGAUCCCUCUCUGACCCAUUUGUUUCUCAUGAAUAACAUCCAUUAUAUGGUCAGAUCUGUCCGCAGGUCUGAAGCCAAAGAUUUGUUAGGCGAUGAUUGGGUACAAAGACAUCGGAGAGUUGUACAGCAACAUGCGAAUCAAUAUAAGAGGAUUGCUUGGGCAAAGAUUCUGCAGUGCCUCUCUGUUCAAGGCUUGACAUCUUCUGGAGGCGGCAGUGUUGGUAGCAUGGAUGGAGGAAAUAGUAGCGGAGUUUCAAGAGCAAUUAUCAAAGACAGAUUGAAGACAUUUAAUAUGCAAUUUGAGGAACUCCAUCAAAGACAAUCUCAAUGGACAGUUCCUGACACUGAGUUAAGAGAAUCCCUGAGGCUUGCAGUUGCUGAAGUCUUGCUUCCAGCUUACCGAUCUUUCAUUAAACGCUUCGGGCCUUUGGUUGAGAAUGGCAAGAACCCGCAGAAGUACAUCAGAUACAAUCCAGAGGAUCUCGAACAUAUGCUUGGUGAAUUUUUCGAGGGUACAUUGGAUUUGCAUGGAAAUGAACAAGGAUAA